GAGGCCCGGCUGGCGAGCCUCGCGGGCUCCGCCGCGGACUCGGCCAGCCACGGCGCGCAGGCGGCGCGGCAGGAGCGGGAGCUGCGCCAGGCGGAGGAGCGCGAGGAGAAGCUGAGGCGUGACGCGGAGCUGCUGCAGGGCCUGGCCUCGAAGCGCGAGGCCGAUCUCACCGCGGCGGUGCAGAAGCAGGAGGAGCUCGCUCGCGAGCGGGAGGUCGCCGUGCAGCGUCAGGAGGCGCUCGAGAAGGAGCGGGACGCCGCCGUGCAGCAGCAGGCGGCCUCGCGGCAGGCGGAGCAGCGGGCCGAGCAGCGGCGCGAGGAGCUGGACGCGAGGGUGCAGACGCUGGAGAAGGAGUGCGCGGAGCUGCGCGGCAUGCUAGACAGCAAGAGCAGGGAAGUGGCCGCCGCGAUGCGGGAGGUGGAGAGGAAGGCGCUGGAGGUGCGCAGCCAGCGCCAGGCCGCGGAGCGCGACAGCGCCGAGUCGCGUGCCGUGCUGGAGGACUGGCAGAAGCGCCACGAGGAGGCCACCAGCGCCUGCGAGAGCUUCGAGGGCGAGCUCGCGUCGCUGCGCACCCAGCGCGCCGAGCUCCAGGCCGAGGCCUCCGAGCUCCGCCGCCGCGCCGGCGACAGCGCCGCCGAGGCGCGGGGCGCCCGCAGCGGGCGCGCGGAGGAGCUCGCCGCCUUGAAGCAGCAGUCGCAGGAGGCGGAGCGCCGCGCCGCGGCCCUGGCGGAGGAGGGGCGCAGGUACCAGGACCACCUGCUGGCCCUCACGCAGGGCCAGGCCGAGCGCGAGGGCGCGUCGGAGGCUGCCGUGAGCGUGGCGGCGGAGAUGCGGCGCGCCCGCGAGGCCAGCGAGCUCAAGCUUCAGGAGGCCGCCCUCGAGCAGGCCCGCCUCCAGAAGGAGGCCGCCGCCCUCCGCGCCGAGACGGCGGAGCUCCGCAGGCGC